GGUCUGUGGAGAGGACCUGCGGCUCCAAGCUAGGACAUGCCAUGGCCGGCACCGCUGCUGCUCCUGCUGCUGCUCAUCCAGAGCCGGGAGGAGGCUCAAGGACAGGUGAAAUGGCAGGACCUCCGGCUGCAGGUGCAGGGCCCGGUGGUCGUGCAGGAGGGUCUGUGUGUCCACGUGCCCUGUGAGUUUUCCUACUCGGAGGAUGGCUGGACUUCCUCAGACCCAGUGUUUGCCUACUGGUUCCGGGACGGAGCCAGUGUGAAGCAGGAUACCCCAGUGGCCACCAACAGCCCAGAGCAGAAGGUGGAGGAGGAGAGCCGGGGCCGAUUCCACCUCCUCGGGGACCCCAAGACCAACGACUGCUCCCUGAACCUCACCGAUGCCAGGAGCAGGGACGUGGGGACCUACUUCUUCUUUGUGGAGAGGGGAAAGUCCACGUGGAGUUUUAAAGCUCAGAAGCUCUCUGUGCGAGUGACAGCCCUGACCCACACCCCUGACAUCUUCGUGCCGGGGUCCCUGCAAUCUGGCCACACCAGCUCCCUGAUCUGCUCUGCGCCCUGGGCCUGUGAGCAGGGGACACUCCCCACCUUCUCCUGGAUGGGGGACUCUGUGUCCCACCUGGACCCCUCCGUCACCCACUCCUCGGUGCUCAGACUCAACCCACGGCCUCAGGACCACGGCACCAACCUCACGUGUCAGGUGACCCUACCUGGAGCUUUUGUGACCGCGAGGAGGACCAUCCGACUCAGCGUGUCCUACCCUCCACAGAACGUGACCGUGAUUGUCCUCCAAGGAGCUGGCUCAGCGUCCACAGUCCUGACGAACAGCUCGCUGCUCUUGGUGGCCGAGGGCCAGCCCCUGCACCUGGCCUGUGUCGCCGUCAGCCACCCUCCUGCCAACCUGAGCUGGAACCGGGCUGGCCUCCCCCUGAUGCCCUCACAGUCCUCGGAUACUGGGGUGCUGGAGCUGCCUCAAGUGCACGUUGGGGACCAAGGGGAGCUCAACUGCCGAGCUCAGAACUUGCUGGGCUCCCAGCACGUCUCGGUGACCCUGAGCUUGCAGAGGAAGGGAGGGCCCCCGGCGCAGGUGGUCCAGGUCGCCAUCGGGCAGGCAGUGGCCAAAAUCCUGCUGCUGCUGGGCCUCUGCCUCGUGGUCCUCAGGUAA